UGCCAUUUGAUGAAGAUGCUCAUGACAAAUCUGUCUGGUUUUUGGACCAUGAUUACCUGGAGUGCAUGUAUGGAAUGUUUAAAAAAGUCAAUGCUAAAGAGAAGAUAGUAGGCUGGUACCAUACUGGGCCAAAACUUUGUCAGAGUGAUGUCACUAUUAAUGAACUGAUGAGAAGAUAUUGUCCAAAUUCAGUUCUUGUAGUUAUAGAUGCCAAGCCAAAGGAUCUAGGGUUGCCUACUGAAGCAUACAUAAUGGUAGAAGAGGUCCAUGAUGAUGGUACACCAACAACAAAGACAUUUGACCAUGUACCUAGUGAGAUAGGGGCAGAAGAGGCAGAAGAAGUUGGUGUUGAACAUCUGCUCAGGGAUAUCAAGGAUACUACAGUUGGCACACUAUCUCAACGUAUCACAAGUCAACUGAUGGGACUGAAAGGUCUACACGCUCAUGCCCAGGAUAUAAAUAGCUACCUACAGAAAGUCUCGUCGGGACAAUUACCUAUAAAUCAUCAGAUAAUAUACCAGCUGCAGGACGUGUUCAAUCUACUCCCCGAUGUUAACCUUCAACAGUUUGUGAAAGCUAUGUACGUUAAAACGAACGAUCAAAUGUUAGUGGUAUAUCUGGCGUCUUUAAUAAGAUCUGUCAUAGCUUUACAUAACCUUAUAAACAAUAAGAUUCAAAAUCGAGAUGCUGAAAAGAAUGAAGGAAAAGAUAUUACUAAGGAGAAGAAAGAAAAGAAAGACGAGAAAGAGAAAGAAUCAGGAAAAGAUGGUGAAAAGAAAGAUAAGGAAAAGGUGAAGGAUUCAAAGAAAAAAUGAACUGACCUAUAGGACUGACUUAUUUAAUAUUGUAACAGUUUCAGAUGCAUAUCUGCACUAUACUUAAACUUUCUUGAUAAAAAAAAAUUCAAUAUAAAAAAAGUUGUAGUCAAACUACAUGUUAUUCUGUAUGUUAGUUUUUAAGACUAUGUGAAUUAUCAAAUUUUGAAAGCAUUUAUAACUGUCAAAUGUGAUGUAAUGUUGGAGGUGAAAAUUGAAGUCCAUUCAGACUUUAAUAUUAUGUGAAAUAGUGCUAAA